UUCCUCUGUUAUUGAAAGAACAGAUCCAUAAUGUGGCUGAGUGACGAGCAGGCAGGGACCCCGGCCGCCACCUGUCUGGCUUUAUAUAAGGAGCCUCCAGCGGUAGAAAGUGGAACAGGGGACGGCAUGGAGCUGAGAGAGGCGGCGGCUCUCCGACAGCAGCGCAGGAUUAAACAGGCAAUUCAGUUUUUACACAAGGACUCCGCAGAUCUCCUGCCUUUAGAUGGCCUCAAGAAACUUGGAACUUCAAAAGAAGGGCAACCACACAACAUUCUCCAGAGAAGGCUGCUGGAGGCCAACUUAUCCCGAAACAGACUGAACACCCGAACCUCGAAGGCACCUUCGAAAAACAUAGUGCAGAGCCAUGGUGUUAACAGCGAGUCUCAGGAGAUGGAGAGUGACCUCAUUCAAGUCGUGGGUCAGUGCUCUGGACGGGAGGUGGUGGUUACAAUUGACACUGGAUGUACGUUAAAUCUCAUAUCAUCAGUCAGUGUGGAGAAACUUGGCUUCAAGGAGAAGACCAUCAACGACAAAAGCGAGGACGAGUUAGGGCCACUCCAGCGCAACCUUCUAGCCACAGGACAGAUCGUGCUGAGUUUGGUGAUUGGACAAACAAAGAUGGAUCUUUUGUUUAGUGUUGUGGAAAUCGAUAGGAUGUUCAUAUCACUGGGAAUGAAGACACUCAGAUCUCUGAAGUGUGUAAUUGACAUUGAAAAGCAAAUGCUGGUUCUUGGAAAAUCUGUCAGGGAGCAAAUACAUUUUGCUGGGAGACAUGAAAAUGAAGUCUCUAUGGAAUAGGAGGAAUCUACACAUACAGUUUCCUUGCAGGAAAAAACUGUGUUUUGGGAACACAGCAAAACUCAAGUUCAGGAGCUCUCCACAAAGUUUCACAGCCCCUUCUCUCCACAUACUCUGCAUUUUGCUGCAGAGCUCAGAAUGAGCCAGCUUUCCAAGAGGGACACUGCUGAAUUAUACAUAAAGGCCAAGUAUCACUUCAACAGCCACGCACUUACACGAAACAUCAUGUGUGUGUGACACAAAGCCAACACCAAUUUGGGCCAUGACUAAAAUUUACAAGAGGUUGAACCAGGGGUAUAGCCAAGGGGUGGGCAAGGGGGGGCCAGUGCAGCAUGUACCGCAUGGCCACUCUUCUCCUCAGUUAUGCAAAGUGAGAUAGUGAGCAAUUGUCAAUAAACCAGUCACAAGAGAAAAGUUAUCCUACCCUUGUGUGAACAAUUAUGAUUUACAGUCAGCAUUCCAGGCAGUUUCCAAUCACAUAUAAGCAUCUAAUGACAUUGCACUCAAUAAUCUGCGUGUCUUGGUGUUUUCAGCAAACUGGUGAAAAUUGGAAACCUUAACGGUCUUGUUCAUAAUAUUGACCUCAUGAAAAUACAUUUAAAAGCACCUAAAUUGCUACAGUAUAUUGUUUUAUCAAACAUCAUGUGCAUAACUGAAUAAAAUUUUUUAAAAUGUUCAGCAGAAGUUAGAGAUGGUACAGGGAACAAAAUAUUUUUCAUAUAAUGCAAUAGACAAAAGAAAAAAAAACACUUUAAUCUGUUCCAGAUUUAAAACUUAAAAAUAAAACACGUGGUAAUUGGUUACUAUUAAUAUUAUUUUUUAAAUAUUUAUUAUGUGUAUAAUUUCUACAUUAAUAAAAUAUAUAACCCAAAAUAUAUCAUAACAUAGUUUUGUCUUUUACUUUUGGCAAAAAAAUGUGCAUAAUAUUUUAUCAAUGUGAAAAUAAUAUACAGAAUUAUGUUCAGUCAGUGUCAAUGCAUCACUUUAGAGCUAUUUGAACAAUGGAGGCCAAACAUAUGCACAUUAACUUCACCAGCCGCUCUUUAAGUUUCCUAGCAGUUUUCCACCUCACUGAAAUCACUGGGUCUCACCUGGCUACCCCAUUGAAAGAGCUCUGACUACACCCCAGGGUUGAACACUUGUGGAUUCAGGUUAUGUAAUUAUUAUAAUGUGAAAGUGUUUUGUUCUUAGAAAACUGGAGGAAUGCCAUAAAAAGUCCAUAUGGUGAGUUUAGCCAGCGUAGGGUAUCGAGUAAAGCAGGACCAAUACGUUUAAUGCUAUAUUGCUCUUUGAGUAACAUGAGCCAAUGAAAUGUAACUAUUCUAAAUGAUUACCUUGUGAUUAAGCAUGUGUUUUCAUUAGCUUAGCAGCAUUGUUUUAACUGUAGUUGUAACUUGAACUCCUGGUCUGUUUACCAAAAAGUGUCCCACUGUUUUUAGUUCACCUAAUGGAAGUUUGCUUAUUCUGAUAUCAGCUAGAGAUGCUGAUACUUUUCUUUUGACAGCUACUGUACUGGUAAUAUCAAGUACUGACAACAGCGAGUGUAGCGCUGUUUUCCCAUUUCUACCUCCUGUUAUAAUUCUAAUGUUGCACAGAUAAGAACUGGCAGUUUUGCUGUCUUAUUAUUUAUAUUUGAAACCAGAAUCCCUAACGCAGUACGAGCUCUUGAAACCUGCUUGGAGCCAGUUCUAUGUGCAGUAUGUUUUACACUGUUCAUAGGCCCUUUUUAGUAAUUUGUAGUCAUUUUAGUACAGCGUUGGUCUGAUAUUAUAUUAUAAAGAAUAUAUAUAGUCUAUUCCGGUGUCCUCAUCUCAGUUCUUGGAGAUGAGCUUCCAAAACAAGUAAACUGAGCUAUCUAGAACACUGAAUGCCUGGUACAGGUUACAGCAAAAAUGGGGAACAUCUGGUGGACUAGUAACUGGGAUGGGAAACACUGGUCUACUCUGUAGUAUUGGUGCAAUACUAGUUGUAGUUUCUUCUUUGCACUGUUGUGUAAGUGAUUGCUGUUAUUUAACUGUUAUUUAUAAUAACUGAAGUGUUAUUUUGAAUGUUUUUAGGUAAGUAGUUUCUCUACCCAACACACUUGACUCGAGUCAUUACUUAAAGGGGAAUUUCACUUUUUUUUUUUUUUUUUAAAUUUCAGCAUGAUUAAAUUAAGAUAUAAGCAAAGUUAUUCAGACUGGUUUGAUGAGAAAGUAGGCUACUCUAAAGAAACCUACUGAUGAUGGAAAACCACUGAUGAUGGAAAACCACACAUUUGUGGCAUUUAAUGUGUCUUAAAGCUACCUCAAAAAAAGCAUUUACAUGAAAUAGUUCUGAAUAUGUUCAGACAUUGGUUGAUUGCAAGUUGAAAUCCCAGGACUGACUGGAAGUUUACAGUUAUGCCCUUGGGUAAGGCACUUAACCCCCAGUGCCCUAGGAGGUACUGCUCCACUAGCAACGUUGUGCCAUGCUGCUCCUAGACUGGGCAUAGAUGGGCAGCAAAAGAACAAAUUUCUAUUGUACGAUCAACAAAGUGGAACAUUCAGGGCAGGGCAGAGAGAAACAUGCAAGGCAAUAUAGUACCCAGUCAGAUUUACCACUAUCAACAUUAUUUAUAAAAAUGUGAAAGACAUAAGUUCACCGUAUAUUGUGGAUAGCAAAUCAAAUGUCUGUUGUGAUCCCUGGUUCCUGUAUAGAAAUCAGAGUUGGUGUCUCUACACGAUUGAGUUUUACAACAAAUCACUUUGAAUGACUUUGUUUACAUUUCAAUUAUACAAUUAGGCAGGUAUUUUGAAAAAGCCCCUUUAAUCGUGAGGCUCAGUCAGGUUUGUCAGAGCAGGGAAAAUGCUAAACUGUGAUGUUUAGUUUUCCUGACAUAGCAUAUAGUUGGAGUACACCAAAGUAGAAUUGUUAAAUUAUUGGUAUUCACUUGUGUUGCCUUUGUAGCACAAAGUUUACACAAAGUGUUCUGUAUGGUCAAUAUCAGAAUACUUCACUAGACAGUUAUAUUAAUCCUGUCAUGUAGCCGAUUUUUGACAAGUUAUGCUUUAAUUAAAUAAACAUAUAGUGUUGAAAAUGAUCGUCUUGAUUAAUAAACUGAUUUCAGAGUU